AUGAUGCGAAAGAAGGUUCUUCUAAUGGGUAAAAGUGGUGGUGGUAAAACGUCGAUGCGUUCCAUCAUAUUUGCCAAUUACAGUGCGAAAGAUACUCGACGUCUCGGUGCCACAAUGGAUGUUGAACAAUCCUACGUUCGAUUUCUUGGUAAUCUAAUAUUGAAUCUAUGGGAUUGUGGUGGACAAGAGGCGUUUAUGGAAUCAUAUUUUGCAACACAAAAAGAUAAUAUAUUCAAGAAUGUUGAAGUGCUGAUCUAUGUUUUCGACGUUCAAAGUCAAGAAAUAGAUAAGGAUUUGCAUUAUUAUCAAUCGUGUUUGGAAUCGAUUUUACAACAUUCAUCGAAUGCAAAAAUCUUUUGUCUAAUACAUAAAAUGGAUUUGAUUCCUGAAGAGAUGCGUACAGCGAUUUUCGCCGAACGAGAAGACAUUCUCAGAGAUUUAUCGAAGCCUCUACAAUGUGCCUGUUUUCGGACGUCCAUAUGGGACGAAACGCUGUAUAAAGCCUGGUCGCAGAUUGUUUAUCAAUUAGUGCCGAAUGUCAAAGGUCUUGAAAAAACGCUGGAGAACUUUGCAGAAAUCAUCGAUGCGGAUGAAAUUCUUUUGUUUGAGAAAGCCACGUUCUUAGUGAUUUCCCACUGUACACGAAAAGAACAUCACGAUACGCGACGAUUUGAGAAAAUAAGUGAUAUCAUCAAACAGUUUAAACUAUCAUGCAGUAAACUCGCAGCAGCUUUUCAAUCGAUGGAAGUGCGUAAUUCGACAUUUGCAUGUUUUAUUGAAUUAUGCACACCGAACACAUAUGUGAUGGUGGUAAUUAGUGAUCCGACCAUUUCGUCUGAAGUAACGUUAAUGAAUAUUCGAAAUGCUCGAAAAGUAUUCGAAAAACUUGAAAAAGACGGUGUGCGAAGUUGA